AUUUUGCUCCCAAUUUUUUGAAAAUCUCGCAGCGCAAAAUGUCGGAAGGCUCUAAUCGGACCUUUGCGAUGUCGAAGGAUGUCAUGGAGCAAAAACUCAAGCACAGUUGUCGCCUUUGCAUGAACGAGAGACGAGCUCAGGUGUCGUUAUUUGAGACAACAAGUAAGAGAGCUGCCCUCAGUAAUGCGGAAAUCGUUCAGUUAUUCACGGAUAUCGAGCCACAAAUCGAUGAUGGGCUACCGGAGACGAUUUGCACGAAAUGCGAAAACAUGUUGCACUUAAUUUUGGACUUUAAAGUCGAGUGUCAGGAGAGUAACGAGACUUUAAUGGCAAUUUAUGAGUUCUUACAUCCAAAAAAAUUACCAAAAACUGCCUUGGAAGAAGUUGAAGAGCAGAAAAAUGAAAAAAAUCCUGAAGUAGAGGCACAAAAUGAGAGUUUAGAAGAGCAAGAAAUGUCAAUAGAGGCUUUGGAAGGCACUGAAAUCAACGAAGAAGACGAAAUGAAGGAAGAAAAUCCAGAAUCUGACCUUGAAUUCGACGAAAAUCUCAUGUUAACCGAAGAUAAUGACGAUUUCGAUGUUGAUUCGGGGCAAAAAACGCCCGAUUUGAUAGUUGUCUCCGUCGUAGAUGAAUCCGAACUCCGUAAAACAUCGAAAAAAGGUCCCCGAAAGAAAACUGCCAAAUGUGAAAUAUGCGGAAAACUCGUCGAAGGUCCCGCAAAGCUCUCUCGUCACAUGCGAGUUCACGAUCGUGAAGAUAAAAAAGCUUCCCAACCGCAAAAAGUACAAAAACCUUCAACGCCUGCCACGAUUUUCAGUUGUAACGUUUGCCACAAAGAAUUUAGUCUCGCUUCGAGGCUCAAAAAACACCUGGAAACGCAUUUACCGAUGUCGAUGCGUGAAAAAUCCUACGUUUGUCACUGCGGAAAGCGAUAUCUUGACUCAGGAGCUUUAAAAAGUCAUCAAACUAUCGUGCAUUCCGACAACGUUCCUUCUUAUGCUUGCGAAAUUUGCGGCAAAGAAUUCACCCGGAAGAAUUAUCGGGACUACCAUCAACGAAUUCACACGAGUGACAAACCCCAUGCUUGCGAAUUGUGCGAUUUUAGGUCUGCAAAGCGGCAUAAUUUAGUGCGACACAUGUUAGUGCACAACAAUGAGUUUAAAUUCAAAUGCGAGGCAUGCGGGAAGAAAUUUAAACGGAAAACUGGGCUGAUUGCGCAUCAAAGUACACAUGGAUGUAAUCGAAGUUUUAUGUGUCCCCAUUGUGGUCGAGGGUACCCAAGUAGGCAUCAUUUACAGAAUCACUUGCAAAAAGUGCACGAAAUUAAGUUAACUGAUGAGGAAUUUGAGAAUUUUAUGAUAGAAUCUGACACUGAGGUCACCGACGAGCAAGUUGAAACGGAUGACAUGAACUUAAUUUAUGCCAUUCAAGAAAUCACGAAUGAUGGAUGA